GUUUCUGAAUAUCUCAGUGCAAAAAAAUAGAUGCGAAAUCAUCUUUCAGGUUCUCUGUUUAUCGGACCUCCUGCCAUCCUGUUGACAGAUAGAGGAGCCCAGACCAAAUCCUCAAACAAGGGUUGGUUUACACAGAACCACUGGAUAACUGAAAAGGUGUUUCGGAGUAUGCCACUGCCAUAAAAGGCUUUAAAUUACUUCCACGGGUGUCGGGUGGGGAUGUUGCUAGCCACCUAGCUAAUAGUACAGUCUUUUUUUGCAGCUACUGUAGCUAAUCAGCUGCCUGAGUGCAUUUGAACCUUAAAAGAGUCAGCUUGUUUGCGAGCCAUCUUACAAGGAUAACCUGAACUUGGAAAGAAUCGAAUGUACCUUACACUUCUACCCUCUUCAUGAAUUGUCACUUGCCUCAAAGGUGUGUACUGUAAUCAUUGAGUGUGUGUGUGCGCGUGUGUCUGUCUGUGUGUAUGCCUGUAUAAUAGGGCCCAUGUAAGAGGGAGUGAGUUUGUUGCCUUCUUUGGGUGAAUAUCUCACCGCCCUGGACAUGAUGGGCCCAAGGCGGAAGUCUACCAAGACGCAGCUUGCCGGUGGGGGAGCUUCGGACCCGUACCGACUGGAGGAGCCUAAGGAUUACAUCAAUGAGCUCUCCCAUGAGGUUCUCUGCCACAUAUUCCGGUAUCUACCCAUGCAGGAUAUCAUGUGUAUGGAGUGCCUGUCUCGGAAGCUCCUGGAGGCAGUAACGCUCUACCUGCGGGUGGUGAAGAUGGUGGACCUGUGUGCCAGCCGCUGGUGGGAAUACAUGCCCUCAGCAGGAUUCACAGACUCCAGUUUCCUCAUGCUGCUGAAGAAGAUGCCCGACCUGGAGCAGCUGUACGGGCUGCACCCUCGUUACUUGGAGCGCCGCCGGGUCAGAGGCUAUGAGGCCUUCAGCAUCCCAGGAGUUCUGGAGGCUCUUCAGGCCUGCCCCAACCUGCUGGGAGUGGAGACCUCCCACCUGGAGCUGGUGGAGGCCAUCUGGAACUACAUGCCUCAGGUCCACAUCCUGGGGAAGUUCCGCAACCGCAAUGGAGCUUUCCCCAUUCCCCCUGAAAACAAGCUCACCAUCCCCAUCGCAGCCAAAAUCCAAACCCUGCAUCUGGUUGGGGUGAAUGUUCCAGAGAUCCCCUGUGUGUCCAUGCUGAGACACCUGUAUCUUAAAUGGGUUCGCCUCACCAAGCCCCAGCCUUUCAAAGACUUCCUGUGUGUCAGCCUGCGGACCUUUGUGAUGAGGAACUGUGCGGGCCCCACCAACUCCCUCAAAUACGUGCCCCUGGUGACAGGCCUGGCCUCGGCCCGCAACCUGGAGCAGCUGGAGCUGGUCAGAGUGCCCUUCCUCGGGGGACUCAUCCAGCAUGUGGUGGAGGACAGCUGGAGGUCAGGAGGAUUCCGCAAUUUGCACACUAUUGUAUUUGGUGCCUGUAAGAAUGCACUUGAAGUCGACCUGGGCUACCUCAUAAUUACUGCAGCACGCAGAUUACAUGAAGUUCGAAUCCAGCCUUCCCUAACCAAAGAUGGAGUGUUCUCUGCUCUAAAAAUGGCUGAACUGGAAUUUCCCCAGUUUGAGACGUUGCACCUGGGAUAUGUUGAUGAGUUCCUAUUGCAGUGUAAAAUGAGUCACUCUGAGCUGGUCAAGUAUGGCCUGGCUGACGUCAUUGAGAACCCAGGUAUAAUCACAGACAUCGGGAUGAAGGCGGUCAACGAGGUGUUCUCCUCCAUCAAGUACCUGGUCAUAUACAACUGCCCUCACCUCCACAACCCGCACAACUGGAUUACAGACCACUCGCGGUGGAGUCGCCUCGUGGAUUUGACUCUGGUGCGUUGCCAUGCCAUCAAGCUGGAGUCGUUCAGUCAGUUCAUUGAGCUUCUGCCCAGUCUGGAGUUCAUCUCCCUGGACCAGAUGUUCAGAGAGCCUCCCAAGGGCUGCGCUCGUGUUGGUCUGAGUGCUGGUACCGGGAUAGGGGUGUCCUCGGCCCUGGUCAGUAACCAGAACUCCAACAAUGACAACAACAACAACAACAACCACCAGAACAACAAUAACGAUGUAGCAAACAUCCCACCGCGUGACAAUGGGGAGGGCGGAGCUGUCAUGCCUCCACCACAACACAUGGCGGAAGACCUUCCUGAGGUGAAUGGGAUGGUUCAGGAGGAGAACAUUGAGGCGGAGGCACUGGUCCAGGCCUGGCCAGCUGAGGAGGAGCCUCCCGGUCCCAGUCAGCCCGCUGCCAACCCACGACCAGACAGCACAGACCAGGAGCAAGCAGGUCCAAGCGGUGUUCGGAGUGUGGUUAAGAAGCCUCCGGUGGUGAUGUGUGACUCCGAUAGUGAGGACGAGGAGGCUCCGGUCCGCCCCACCCAGGAACACCCCGCUUAUCCCCCAGGCCCCCCGCGGCACACAGAGCCGGCAGCGGGAACCGCGGAGGAGACAACCGCCACACACACCAGUAAAGGGAAGACACCCCUCCGUCGGCGAGGCCCGGCCCUCCCGGAGCCCAGCUGUGAGAAGGGCUGCCAGGUUACCAGCGAGCAGAUCAAGGCUGACAUGAAGGCCGCCACCGAGGUCCCCGACAAAGACCGGAGCUCCAAGGAGCCGUCCGGAGUGGCGGGCAGCGCGGGCUGCUCCACCGGGGGCUGUGUGUGCUCCAUCCGCUGGAGAGAGGACUCCGUCAACCAGGAGGAGCAGGGCGGGGUGGGGGGCGGGGGAGACGAGGGGACUGUCAGGACUCGCUGCACCUGCAGUAGGGCGCGCCCCGGCCCAGAGGGACGGACUGGAGGUGGGCCUGGCCACGCAGCCUCUGCAGGGGACAGGACGCCGGAGAGGAGGCGGGGUCUGAGGGAGGGGACCGCGGGCCAGGAGUCUGGGGAACGCGCUGAGGAGGACUCCGCCACGGCGAGGGACACUGCUCCGGGCCGCAGUGGUGAGAGGAUGUCAGACCAGAGGGAAGCCGACGGAGAGGAGCCCCAUCCCAGGGACACAAGAGAUGGUUUCCCCAGGCGACCAGUCACCCGCGCCCGCAGCAGGCUGUCCUCGGUCCCCCUGGUGUCUGAGUCAGAGCUGUCCAGGUCCAAGCCACGGGUCACGGUGAAGAGGAAACGCACUGCAGACAAGUCGACCAGCACCAGUGACCCGGUCACUGAGGACGAUCAUGUCCAGGUGCUCUCGCUGAAAUCCAAAAACCUGGUGGGAAUCACCCUGACUAACUGUGGCAUCACUGACUUGGUGCUGAAGGACUGCCCCAAGAUGAUGUUUGUCCACGCCACACGCUGCCGAGUGCUCAAGCACCUGAAGGUGGAGAGUGCCCCCAUAGUGAACCGUUUUGACUACGCUCAGUGCAAGAAGCUGGACAUGGAGCAGGUCCUGGAUCAGAUUCUCUGCAUGCCCCCCGAGAGGAAUCGCAUCAUCUACAUGAGGCCCAUGCAGCAGAUUGACUCUCUGGCCCUGGAGAGGAAGCUGUUCAGCGGGCCCUAUCCCUAUCACAUCGGCAUUAUCCACGAGUUCAGCAACCCCCCCAAUGUCCGCAACAAGGUCCGGGUACGAAGCUGGAUGGACACCAUCGCCAACAUCAGCCAGGAGCUCAUCAAGUACGAGUUCUUCCCAGAGGCCACACGAACGGAAGAGGAUGUCAAGAAGUAUCCCAACUACCCCUGGGGCCGUGACAUCUACACCUUGGAGGGGGUGGUUGAUGGAGCACCGUACUCUAUGAUCACAGACUUCCCGUGGCUACGGACCCUACGCACCGCUGAUCCCAACAGCUACGCCCGCUACGACUUUGAGGAUGAUGAGAGCACCACCAUCUACGCCCCUCGGAGGAAGGGCCAGCUGUCAGCAGACAUCUGCAUGGAGACCAUCGGCGAGGAGAUAUCGGAGCGGCGCCAGACCCGGCACGGUGUCUUCCAGCGCGUGGUGGUGGUCUUCAUCCACUACUGUGAUGUACAAGGCGAGCCUGUGGACGACGACUACAUCUAGUGCCUCCUGUUCUGUCCUGGGAGGGGGGGGGCUGGGGUUCGAGGCCCGGCGCUUCCCUGCCAGGCUCCCGACUGUGACUGUUGCUCCAGCCCACCCGGGGUUUGAACCAGUGCUCGACUGACUUUCCUGUGGAGCUCCAGGGAAGGGGGCGUCGGGGUGUCUGUCUCGAGUGGCCUUGUUUUUCUACUUGCUGUUGUUACAUGGGGGGCGGGGGGGGGUUCUCUUCUCUCAGCCAUCGUUUAGGAUUUCUCUUGGUGGGGAAAGGACAGCUCCUUGAUCUUAAAGGACCCAGUAGCCUGCCGUUCACGGCUGGUAGAUAUGGUUGGCUGACCUCCCGUAUGUGUUGAAGCCCCCAGGGAGGUGUGUAUGCUUGUGUUUUCGUGUGAAUCAGAGGUCUGCAUGGAGAGAAAGCAAUGUACCUGAGCCUGGUGGCGAAUUGACAAGUGCAGGGCUUCUCACUGAGAUCUUGUUUUUCUGAGAGGGUUUGAAAUCCCUUGUUUUUGUGUUUUAGAGAGAUUUCCACUGCCAUGGAGGAAUUGCAGUGUGGAGAUUUCCACUGCCAUGGCGGAAUUGCAGUGUUCCAGUGUGGUGUUCUCACCUCCUACCUCUGGUGACACAAGCUUUAGAGAAGCACCCUCAAGCUAGACUCUAGAAGUGCCCUUAGAUUUGUUUGUAAAGAAAAUGUUUGCUUUUUUUUAUUUUGAAUUGUUUAUUUUUUUGCUAAUUUAUUUGUGCUUUGUUUUAACUAGUAUUUCCCAUGUUUUAGUAUUUUUUUUCCGCCUCUGUCCCAGAGGUCUGUCAUUUAGGGGGAAGGUUGGUUUUGUGAGCGUUAUGAGUUUUGGUCUCUGUCUUGUCCUGUUUACUUGGUAAAAAGCUAGAGGUAAGGCCGUGGUGAAAACAGAAAAUACAUUUGUUAUGAAUUGACACCCCCCCCCCCGUCCUCUAAGCAACACCUGAAAGGAAAAAUUAGAAAAAAAUAUUUCAUUGUCAGCUAGUCUGUUUUCUAUAAGAUAAAUUAAGAAUGAACACCUAUUGAAGCCUCAUUUCUAGAGAUUAUAAGGACGACACUGGCUGUCUGCUUUGAAUAAAGGGCAUGGCUAGUUACAUUCCUAAAAUAAAGCAUGUCAGGGCCGUGCCAAACAAGGGGACUUCAAGAUGAAAGUACCAGUUUGUCAUCUGUAAUAAUAAUCAUGCUCCUUUGGGAAGCAAAAGCAAGAUUUGUUCAUUUAUUUGCAUUGCACUUGAGAACAACAUUGCAGGAAUGUACCAUCUGAUCUUGAGCUUUUUUCUUGGUCUCUGUUUUUGAAAAGACACUUCUUUUCUCCCUAGUCCCUUUCACACAGGCUGUUGGACAGGAUGUCAGGUGGUGUAUGCAAACAAACACUAAUUUUGUCUUAACUACGCACGCAAUGCUGAAUCUGCUAGCUGUGACAAAACAAAACCUGUGUUCCUGAACAGAACUUAGUGGAGGAAAUCCAUUUUGAAGGGUCCUUUAAGAGUCUGAUAGAGCCUUUAAAGUCAGAGAACCCCCUUCUUGCUGCUCUACCUUUUCCCCUGUCUGGGGGAACACCCACAUCUUCCAAAGCCAAGCUACUGAUGCUUGUGGAUUUAAUCUAGAAACAUGGUUAACACUGCAGAAAAAAAACCUGUGUACAAAAAAAGUAAUGUACAGAUAUGCUGUAUUUAAUGGUUCUUCCUUCCAAGAUUUGUUUUAUAUGUUUAUAGAAAAAAACCUGACUAUUUCACGUAAUAAAAAGGGAGAGCUGAAUCAA